AUGCAAUACAAGAAUCUCGGAUUCUUUGCCUUGAUGGAUUUAGAUGAUGAUGGGAGGUUGAAGAAUGUAUUUUGGGCAGAUCCACGCAGCAGGGCAGCUUAUCAAGAUUUUGGUGAUGUGGUAACGUUUGACACCACGUACCUAACAAACAGGUAUGGAAUGCCCUUUGCACCCUUUGUUGGUGUAAACCAUCAUGGGCAAUCGAUUCUCUUUGGAGCAGGGUUAAUUUCCAGUGAAGACACAGAGACUUUUACAUGGUUAUUUCAGACCUGGCUAGAGUGUAUGGAUGGUAUAGCCCCGCCAACUAUUAUUACUAACCAGGAUAGAGCAAUGAAAAAUGCCAUUUCUAUUGUAUUUCCAAAAAGCAGACAUAGAUUUUGCCUGUGGCAUAUUCUGAAAAAAGUUCCCGAGAAGCUUGGUUCCCACCGUGCCUACAAAAGUGGCUUGAAAACCCAGCUGAUGAAAUGUGUUUAUGACAGUCAAACCAUUGAAGAGUUUGAGAAAUCUUGGGAAGAGUUAAUUGGCGCGUACAACUUGGAAGAGAAUGUGUGGUUGCAAAGUUUGUAUGCUGAGCGCACGCAUUGGGUACCGGUAUUUCUAAAGGAAUAUUUUUGGGCUGGCAUGAGUACAACACAACGGAGCGAGAGCAUGAAUGCAUUUUUUGACGGAUAUGUUCAUGCGAAGACAAACUUGAAAGAGUUUGUCGACCAAUUUGACAAUGCCUUGAGGAAGAAAAUGGAGAAUGAAAUCAGCUCAGACUUCCAAUCUUUUAGCGUUACAAUUCCAUGCAUAUCUAGAUCUCCGAUGGAAAAGAGAUUCCAACAGUUGUACACGAAUGCAAAAUUUAGAGAAGUGCAGGAGCAAGUUAUGGGUCUAGUCGAUAUGGACCCAUCUCUACUUAGAAGAGAUGGUGUGAAGAAGACCUAUCUGGUAGAAGAUGAAGUGCUAGUUGACGAGUUCACUAAACAUGUUAACUUUCAUGUGGACUUCAAUGAGGAAGAUUGCGAUGUUAAGUGUUCAUGUGGGUUAUUCCAGAUGAGGGGGAUACUGUGCAGGCAUAUCUUGGCCAUAUUCAAAUGUAACGGGAUAAAAACUGUGCAAGAUAGAUACAUUUUGAAUCGAUGGAGAAAGGAUAUCAAACGGAGAUACACGUUAAUCAGCAGUACAUAUGACACAGGGUCUCAGCAGGAAGAUAGUAACAGAUAUUCAAGCCUAUUGAAUAUCUGUUACCGGAUGAUUACACGUGCAGCGGGUUCGAAAGAGCAUACUGAGGAUGCAAUGGCAAAGUUGUAUUCUAUGAUUGAGUUAUAUGGUGACACCCAAGAACCCCCUUCAAUUCCCAAAUGCUAG